CUUGUCACAUCGGCUUCUGUUAGCCUCCUGCAACGACGUUGUACGUUAUUUUAUAAUCCCGGUGGAAACAUGUUGACCCGGCUAAUGCUAAUAAGAGGUUAAAUGUAUUUAUCUAAUGGCAGGGUUAGUGGUCACGCGACACGAUAGCGGUUAACGUCCGCGAGCCAAGUUAGCCGGCCCUGUUCAGGUGUUGCCGAACAUUCUAGACUCGACGUGGAGCUGAGAGUGUUGUUGUUCAGGGAUUUUCCAAACGUCUCACGUCAGUUUAUACCCCUUGGACAGCGUGACACAGCAGGGUGGCCAGUAUUUGGCAGCGCUGUGGCCAUGUAGAGUUGUGUGGCUGCACUGUCAUGUCACUGAAUUGCCGUAUUCACAAACCAUGGAUGCAGACUUCCUGAAUUAAGAACCAGCGGGACCGCAAUAAAUCCCUGUUUUUUUUGUCUUCUAUUAUGUUGAGUCAUCAAAGUCAGAUUUCCUGAAGGAGACGUUUCAUCUGGUACAGUGACACUGUAGCACCGCUGGCAGCCCUGUGACCCAAGAAAAUAAUGUGCUGCAGCUGAAGAUGGGUGGUAGUGGCUCCAAAUCCAAAGGAUUUUGGCCUUUUUCUGGCUCAGGUAGUGUGGACGAUCCAACCAAAGAUGGAAACGAGCAGUCAAUUGCAAGAGUUCGGAGUUUCACUGGUGCAACCCCUUUUGUGUUUACCAGACGAAGCUCUCUGUUCUUUGAUGAAGAUGGUGACUUGGCCCACGAGUUUUAUGAAGAGACAAUUGUGACAAAAAAUGGACGUAAAAAGGCCAAGCUGAAAAGGGUUCUCAAGAAUCUAACACCUCAGGGAAUUAUAAAGUUGGACCACCCGUGCAUCCAUGUAGAUUUCCCAGUUGUCCUCUGUGAAGCCUGACACUGUCUGUGGAUUGUCUCAGAUUAGUAACUGUGUCAACUCUGUCCCGUGGUUCCCCUUCCACUGGAAGCCCGAACCACCUUUUAAAAUAACAUGAUCUCUUGAUAUAUUUGAUGCUCUUAUGUGGACAAGCAGAUGCAAUGUUGCUGAGCCUCUCUGCAUGUGAUCUUUUGGCUUGUGUGCAGACACAGUAUAGGUCACCAGUGGGAAUAUAGAACCCUUCCAAGUGGGCAAAACCUCCUCAGUUUACAGAUUGUGGUUUGUGUGCAUGUAUGUUUUGAUAUGUGUGCAGACACAGGAUGAAAUGUAACACUCAUGACUUUGUGGCUGCCGAUUGUUUUCUGGUAAAAUUCCCCGAACUCUUGGGUGUUCAAGGAGAAUGAAGCCAGUUGUGUUUUCUCCCCCACAGUCGUAUUAAUCCAUCAAGCAACAAAGUUUAGAUGCACACUUGAGUUUUUUGACACCAUCUUGACUUGCUUUAUGAUGCAUGGAACAGGAUCUGCUUAUCGGUAACAACCAGGGGAGAUGAAAAUCAGCGGCCCACAAAAUCUGAAGUGGAUUAACAUCAUGUUAUAACGUUGGAUGGACUGGCUUCAGUGACCUUGGAGUCUCACAUGUACACAGAGUUUAAUAAGAGAUCCUGUUGUUUUCUUUGCUGCUUUGGCAUAUUGUGUCUCACAUUUAAUUUAUUAUAUAACUGUUUGUUUUUUUUAAUUACAAUAUGAAAUCCUGAACUGGG